AGAAAAAAAAAAGACGCUGGCUGCAGUGAGAAGUUAAAUCACGGAAAAGAUAUGUGUUGCUGCUUAAUCCAGCCCAGGACUGAAGAGGAGGAUCACUGAGGAAGGAGAAGUUUCUCACACAGCACUUUCUGAUCUUUUCCUGCCUGUUCUCAGUGAAGAUAUGGAGUCAGCCAUCAAGACACUGGUGACCACCUUUCUCAGUUAUACCAAGGGGAAAGAAAACCUAGACACCAAAACCUUUAAGAAGAUGGUACAGCAACAGUUUGGCUCCGUCAUGGAGGACACGGACAGCUCGUCUUCCAUUAAGGAGAUGCAGCAGGGACUGGAUGAGAACAGCGAUGGAAAGGUCAGCUUCCAGGAAUACCUAACGCUGAUAGGCUACGUGGCCAAUACCAUGAGUCAGAAAAAGUGUGCCUCUAAUCAGGAGUCAUCAUAGGUUUUGUUCGUGAAGCUGCGGUCUUUGACCAAUCUGCAAAUAAUCAGCAUUUCCCACUCUGAAGGGCGCCCCCUGUCUUCGUGCCAAAUAGUCCGGCCGUCAUGUACCGUGUUCCCCCCUUCCUUCCUUCCUUUAAUAGUCUGCUAUCAUACAGUAUAGAUUCACAUAAUCUAACAGUUUUGUAACGCGCUGCACCUUCAUGUCUGACAACAGCCAUUUAACCGUAUACUUAGCCAAAUGAUUCUGAUCUCCACUGUCAGGGACACAUUGAAGGACUCGAAUCUGCCUGUGUAUCUUAUGCCGACUGCACAAAAAGAUUCUUACAUUAUUUUGCAAAAUUAAAAAGCUUUUUAUUUAAA